AUGGAGGCUCUGCUUGACCACGCAUCCGCCAGGGAGCUCGAAGAGAAGUAUGAUGCACACACUUUGGAUUUGCAGGCUUUCCAGACGAUCACCAAACGCGCCCUCCGCCGAUUUACGCACUAUGCCAUCGACGUCAAACUGUGUUGGGAGAGUCUGCAGCAGGUCCAGCUCGGCCGACAUGGAUCGGACCGGUCACGAACCGAAAUGCUGGAGCUCGUGCGGCGUACUCACAGCCACGAUCUCGAAGCCGUCUACGUGUCGGAGCCCGAAUGGGACAUGAUUUUCCAUCGGCUGGAACGCGAGUUUUGCUAUCUCAUCCAUGACUUCUUGCGCACUCACCGCGAUGAGUACAAGGACAACGCAUUGCUGGCCCGUUUCCUGGCGGUCUUCCCCAUCGGGGGCACCGCCCUGCCCGCCGACGAGGCGGUCUUGAGGGCUGUGCGAGCCAUCCGAGAGGAUGCGCGAGCCACCUACUACCCGCUGGGCGAUUCGCACCAUCCGGGGUUCCUUCUGUGUGUCGUGAUCGAUUUCGGCCAGCUCAUUCUCCUGUUCCGGUGUUUGAUCGCGGACCCCUUCGCGGGGUUGAUCAGGGUUCUGGGCGAUCCCUUUGAGUGGCCCGCGCUGCAGGACUGCUGGCCGUGGACCAGUAGAGUCCGUGCAACCAACAGAGACCCCUUCAGUGAGAUGUGGAUGCCGGAGAAUCUGGAUCCGGCGGUCCAAACAAACCGCAGAGAGAUGGAACCCGGUGAGGCAUGCAGCAUCUGCCGUGUCGAGUUCCAGGAGGAGGAUCAAGCCGCUUCGGGUAUUGCCUGGUGCUCGCAGUGCGGGAAUAACCUCCACAGCGCCUGUCUGUAUCGCUGGUUGGGCGGCGCGGGCUCGUGGAUUUUAUGA